UGAUCCCAAUUGGCGUGGUCAUGUCUGAAGUCAUCCUUCUUUUCGCUUUUUACAAUGUCUCAAUCGUUUAUUGCCUAAUCUCCCUUCUACAUAAAGAUUGCACCUGAAAUGUGUCAAAUGCCUCUCCAGUUGCUUCCACCUGGGCAUGUGUAGCCUGUUGAUUGACAUCAAGGGAGAGAAGUAGCAAGAAGGUGGUGUAUGAAGAGGCAAGUUUAAUGUCUGGAAAUGUGGUCCCCAGUCCCUGUUCUACUACUUGUCCCUGUGGAUUUCUGGACCCACCAUUCAAACUGAGACUUCAGACUCUUCAUCUGCAAAAAGUUGUGACAGAUUACGCAGUAGACAUGAUGAACAUCAAGGCCUUCACCUUGGUCUCUGCAGUGGAACGGGAGCUGCUGAUGGGUGACAGAGACCACAUCAGCAUUGAGUGUGUGGAGUGCUGUGGCAGGAAUCUCUAUGUUGGCACCAACGACUGCUUCAUUUACCACUUCCUGCUGGAGGAGAAGGCCAUGCCUACAGGGACAGCUACAUUCAUUGCCACCAAACAGCUACAUAGACACCUGGGCUUCAAGAAACCUGUGAACGAGCUGUGUGCAGCCUCAGCUCUUAAUAGGCUGCUGGUGCUCUGUGACAACUCUAUAACCCUGGUUAACAUGCUGAACCUGGAGCCAGUCCCCUCAGGAGCCCGCAUCAAAGGGGCUACAACAUUUGCAGUGAACGAGAACCCUGUGAAUGGGGACCCUUUCUGUGUGGAGGUGUGCAUCAUCUCUGUGAAGCGCAGGACCGUCCAAAUGUUUCUGGUGUACGAGGACCGAGUACAGAUUGUCAAGGAGGUGUCCACCACAGAGCAGCCUCUUGCUGUGGCUGUGGAUGGCUACUUCUUGUGCCUGGCCUUGACCACACAAUACAUCAUCCUGAACUACAGCACAGGCUUUUCCCAGGACCUGUUUCCCUACUGCAGUGAGGAGAAGCCACCCAUCGUCAAGAGGAUAGGCAGACAGGAGUUCUUGCUGGCUGGCCCAGGAGGCUUGGGCAUGUUUGCCACCGUGGCCGGGAUCUCCCAGCGUGCCCCUGUGCACUGGUCAGAAAAUGUAAUCGGGGCAGCUGUUUGCUUCCCCUAUGUCAUAGCGCUUGAUGACGAAUUCAUCACAGUUCACAGCAUGCUGGAUCAGCAGCAGAAACAGACCCUGCCUUUUAAGGAGGGUCACAUCCUGCAGGACUUUGAAGGAAGAGUGAUUGUUGCCACAAGUAAAGGAGUUUACAUCUUGGUUCCAUUACCUCUGGAAAAACAAAUACAGGAUCUAUUAGCAAACCGGAGAGUGGAAGAGGCUUUGGUCUUGGCAAAAGGAGCCCGAAGGAACAUUCCAAAAGAGAAGUUUCAGGUAAUGUACAGGAGGAUUCUGCAGCAGGCAGGCUUUAUACAGUUUGCGCAACUCCAGUUCCUGGAAGCCAAAGAGCUCUUCAGAAGCAGCCAGCUGGAUGUCCGGGAGCUGAUCUCUCUCUACCCCUUCCUGUUGCCCACCUCCUCCUCCUUCACCCGGUCUCACCCUCCUCUUCAUGAGUACGCAGACCUGAACCAACUGACCCAAGGUGACCAGGAGAAGAUGGCCAAGUGCAAGCGCUUCCUCAUGAGCUACCUAAAUGAAAUCCGCAGCACAGAGGUAGCAAAUGGCUACAAGGAAGACAUCGACACGGCCUUGCUCAAGCUGUAUGCAGAGGCUGACCAUGACAGCCUACUGGACCUCUUGGUCACUGAGAACUCCUGCUUGCUGACCGACAGUGCUGCCUGGCUGGAGAAGCACAAAAAGUACUUUGCACUGGGGCUGCUCUAUCAUUACAAUAAACAAGACGCCUCUGCAGUUCAGCUGUGGGUGAACAUUGUGAAUGGGGACAUCCAGGACUCCACACGCUCAGACCUGUAUGAAUACAUCGUUGACUUUCUUACCUACUGCCUAGACCAAGAGCUGGUGUGGACCCAUGCUGACUGGCUGUUGCAGAAAAGCCAGGAGGUUGGAGUUCAGGUUUUCACCAAGAGACCUUUGGACGAGCAGCAGCAAACUAGUUUUAAUCCAGACGACAUUAUUAGUUGCCUUAAGAAAUACCCUAAAGCCCUGGUUAAGUAUCUGGAACAUCUCGUUAUCGACAGGAGAUUGCAGAAGGAAGAGUACCACACCCACCUUGCCAUCCUCUACCUGGAGGAAGUGCUUCGGCAGAGGGUGCCCCCUGGAGGAAAGGAUGUAGAAGCCACCGAGACACAGGCCAAACUCCGGAGGCUGCUCCAGAAGUCUGACCUGUACCGUGUCCACUUGUUGAAAGAGAAAAUCCAGGGUGCUGGCCUGCCCAUGGAAAGCGCCAUCCUCCACGGGAAGCUGGGUGAGCAUGAGAAGGCCCUGCACAUCCUGGUGCACGAGAUGGGGGACUUCUCUGCAGCUGAGGACUACUGCCUAUGGAGCUCCGAGGGUCAGGAUGCAGCCUGCCGUCAGCGCCUCUUCCACACGCUGCUUGCCAUGUACCUCCGUGCAGGCCCCUCUGCCCAUGACCUGACCGUGGCUGCUGUGGACCUGCUGAACCAUCAUGCCAGGGAAUUUGAUGCCACCCAGGUUCUACAGCUGCUGCCUGACACCUGGUCGGUGCAGCUUCUCUGCCCCUUCCUCACAGGGGCUAUGAGGGACAGCAUCCACGCCAGGAGGACCACACAGGUGGCUCUUGGCCUGGCCAAAUCAGAAAACCUGAUUUACAUGUAUGAUAAGAUGAAGCUGAAGGGAAGUGCCAUCUGGCUCUCGGAAAAAAAGCUUUGCCAGCUCUGCCAGAACCCUUUUGGUGAACCUGUGUUUGUCAGAUACCCAAAUGGAGGGCUUGUGCACACCCACUGUGCCGCCAGCAGACACACAAACCCCAGCUCGCCCAGCCCUGGCACUCGGACUUGAAAAGCCUGGUUCCAGGCUGCAAAGGGAUUCCAAGUCCUUUCCAAACCUGUUCAUUUGUGUGAGCCGGAACAAAGGGAAGGUGUGGGCACCAGGGAGAUGCUGUCCCUGGGAAACAGGGCGCUUCACUGCUGAUUGUUCUUUGUGUGAAUGUCAAUGGAAAGGCCUGACCCUCUCCCCUCCCCCAUCCCAUCCCAGGACAGUGACAGUCCAGGAGGUUACAGUCAUCCAAAGCACAAGCCAACUUUGAAAGGCAGGCG